GCGGUGCCGGGACGGGAGGCGGGGGCUGCCCCCGACUACUUAGCGGCAUCGCAAGAAAACCGGCUCGUAGGUGGUGUGCAGCACUGUCUCGUUUCUGCGGUGAUCGCCAUGGGCUCCACUCCGCCUGUGUUUAUCGGCGCUGAGGAGGUGGAGAAGCACCUGCACCGUGCCAGCCUCCUGGUCCCGGCGUUGGAGGCUGCCCUGGCCAACUUCUCAGCCGGCCCGGCGGGAGGUGUCGUGCAGCCUGUGCGCACCGUGGUGCCGGUGUCUCGGCACGGCGGGUACCUAGGAGUCAUGCCUGCCUACAGCGCUGUAGAUGAUGCUCUGACAACCAAGUUGGUGACCUUUUAUGAACACAAGAAGGAUUCCUCUGUCCCUUCUCACCAGGCGACCGUCCUCUUGUUUGACCCCAGAAAUGGUUCUUUAAAAGCUCUCCUAGAUGGCAGUGUCAUUACAGCAAAGCGAACUGCUGCAGUUUCUGCCAUUGCCACCAAGUUGUUAAUGCCAGCUUCUGCUGAAGUGCUGUGCAUUUUGGGAGCUGGUGUUCAAGCAUACAGCCACUAUGAGAUCUUCACAGAGCUGUUCACAUUCAAAGAGGUCAGGAUAUGGAAUCGCACCAAGGAGAAAGCAGAGAAGUUUGCUAAUUCAGUGACCGGUCCGGUGCAGGUCUGCUCCUCUGCUCAGGAGGCAGUUACUGGGGCUGAUGUGAUUCUAACAGUCACUAUGGCAACAACCCCAAUUUUAUUUGGAGCCUGGGUAAAACCAGGUGCCCAUAUCAAUGCUGUUGGAGCAAGCAGACCAGACUGGAGGGAACUGGAUGAUGAACUGAUGAAGAACUCUGUUCUGAUUGUGGAUUCCAGAGAAGCUGCCCUUACAGAAUCAGGAGAUGUGAUAUUAUCAGAGGCUGAGAUUUUUGCUGAGCUGGGAGAAAUAGUGAAGGGUACGAAACCAGCCCUGCCUGAGAAAACAACAGUGUUUAAAUCACUGGGGAUGGCAAUUGAAGAUACGGUAGCAGCAAAAUUUGUUUAUGAGUCCUGGUCAGCUGGUAACUGAAGAGAGAAGUCUACAGUGCCAACGAGGCCAAGAAAAUUGUUUGCACUUAGUUCCCUUGGAUAUUUCAUUGACCAGAAAGGCAUCAAUCCUGUCUGAAUGUAGCCCUCCUAAUACACUCAAAAACAAAAAUCAAAAUACCAGCUAAUUAGACUAAUUUCUGUAGCUUUCUUAUGGCAAGUGUUAAAUACCUGCAGUAUUACUAAUGAAUGUUAUCUCAUGUGAUGGCAACUACUAGAUGUUUGCAGUGAUACUGAAAGGGCAUUUUCACAUAUUUUGAUAUAAUUCUGGAAUGAAUGCCUUUGCUAAUUAUUGAUGUAGCAGAAGUCUGUGGGUAGAUGUCAUGGUUAUAGAGAGGUGGAUCAUACUGGAGUAAAAUACAUCAGUUUGGAGAAUAGUCUCUGGCAUCAUAUUUAGCUGUGAUGGUAUUUUAAAUGCAUCUGUGGGUUUCAGAGGUACACUGAUAGUCUCUCCUGGAAACACAGCCCACCUCUGAUGCUUGGGCACCUCUUUACUUCCAACUCAGACUGGAAUCUGGAUGUCAGCAUCCUUAUAUUCACCCUUCACAAUUGCCCUGCCCUCAGACUCAGUGUUUUCAUUUAAGAGCACACCCCAGAGUGGGAGUUGCUAUAAAUAAUGAUGUCUCCGCAUAGUCACAUUUCUGUCUGGUUCUGUAAAAUGCCUGGCUCGGGAAGAACUGGAGUGCAGAAACUCUGAGCUAAUACUAUGUACAUUUUAACUGGGAGGAAACUAUACUCAAUACCUCUCAGUAUGUUCCUGGGUAGGAUAUUGCCACUUUCAUAUUGCAAGGAGUCACUCAAAAUAUAAGCACUGAAAAUGUGUUUUGACUUCACUUUUAUCUCUAUUUCGUGGGGAGAUUUUUUUGUUUGUAACCUGUGGUGUUUGUAGGGUUUUUUCCCUAAGCUUCUUGAAGGUAGGAACUGUGGGAAUUGCUUAUAGUAGGAUAAACUUAAAACUAUGCAGGCAAAUAGUUUCAGCUUGGCUGUACCAUGGAUCAAUUGUUAAUUGUUCUUUUAUCCCAGUGCAUGUUUGCUGGGGCAGGAAUUUCCAUGGUCAUUUCCUGGUGGAGGAGCCCAGUGAUGUUCCACGUAAGGAAAAAAUCCAGUUUGUGCUGUUAUAAAUGAUUGAGCAUCUGCUGAAACAUGGCUAUUGCCCCAGAAACAAAUUCCUCUCUCAAGCUAGAGUUGUGCCUCAUGAAAUUGUAUUUCUAUUGAUGUAUUAUUUCAUGCAGGCUCUUAAGUGUUCCUUUGCUCUGUGGAAGGAUUAGAUGAUGUGGUUAUUCUGUGUUGCUAUCAGUAGAACACAGUGGAGCACCAGGAAGGAGGUUCAGAAGCAGUUAGUGUUGAAGCCCUUGAUGGUGUGCAAGUAAGUAUAGAAGAGAUUAAUGAGUACAGGGCAGUUGUGACAUAAAGAAUACUCAAAUUCUGAGCCUGGUAUAAAAUGUUUGGGGGGAAAAAAGUAGUCAGUGGCAGAGUUUGUAAUUUGCAGAGUUGUAGCAUGGAAGUGUUAUCAGACCAGUAAGUGAAUAGGGAUAAAGGAUGUGUUUGUGUGAAUAG